CUUCUAUAAAAGGGAGAACAGUUGGAGCAGCCAGACAUACAGCAAGCUACCUGAGAAAAGUGCUAUAGUCCAGAAUAUUCUGAAGAAAACGCUUCAUCAUGGCACGACUGACCAUCCUGGCUGGAUUGGCACUUUUGAUGUGUCUUCAGACUGUCUAUUCCACCAAACUGGUAUGCUACUUUACCAACUGGUCCCAGUACAGACCAGGGGUUGGAAAAUACACCCCUGACAACAUAGAUCCAAACCUCUGUACGCACCUCAUCUACGCCUUCGCCAUAAUCAGCUCCUCCAAUGAGUUGUCUACGUUUGAGUGGAACGAUGAUGUUCUGUAUAAAUCCUUCAAUGCACUGAAGAACAGAAACCCUCAGCUGAAAACUCUGCUGGCUGUCGGCAGGUGGAACUUUGGAACAACACAAUUCAGCCUCAUGGUCUCAUCUCCGGCCAACCGUCAGGUGUUCGUCCAGUCUUCCAUCAGAUUUCUGAGACAACAUGGCUUCGAUGGACUAGAUCUGGACUGGGAGUAUCCAGGAUCACGAGGAAGCCCACCAGAGGACAAGAAACGGUUCACGUUGCUCUGCCAGGAAUUACUUGCUGCCUUUGAGAAGGAAGCCGCUGAAACCAAAAGACCGAGACUGCUGCUCACAGCUGCUGUGGCGGCUGGAAAGGGAACUAUUGAUAACGGCUAUGAGAUUGCUACCGUGUCCAACUCCCUAGACUUUAUAAGCGUCAUGACCUACGACUUCCAUGGAUCCUGGGAUUCAUUCACUGGCCACAACAGCCCUCUAUACAACAGCUCUGUCAUGCAUGGUCAACAUAUCUACUACAGUGUUGACUUUGCCAUGAAAUACUGGAAAGAUCACGGAGCUCCUCUAGAAAAGCUGCUGGUUGGUUUUCCUGCAUAUGGUCGCACAUUUCACACAUCAGCAGCAGCUGGUGGUGUUGGCGCACCAGCGGGUGGACCGGGCACUCCUGGGUCCUACACCCGGGAAGCAGGAAUUUUGUCCUACUAUGAGGUUUGCACUUUCCUUGAUGGAGCCACCACUCACUGGAUUGAGGAACAAAAGGUUCCCUAUGCAGUCAAAGGCAAUGAAUGGGUGGGAUUCGACAACAAGCAGAGUUAUGAAAUCAAGGCAGACUAUGUGAAAAAUAACAACUACGGCGGAGCAUUUGUCUGGUCUCUGGAUAUGGAUGACUUUUCUGGACAAAUCUGUGGUCAGGGAAACUAUCCUCUCAUUGGAUAUCUGCGCUCUCGUCUGGAUUCAGGGACUACUUCCAACGAUACCUCAAACCAGCCUGGAGUUCAUACAACCACAGCAUCUCCUGGCAUAAAAACUCCCAAAACAACCAAAACUCCUGUUUCUGGGCGUAAUUUCUGUGUAGGCAAGCCUGAUGGCAAUUACGUCAAUGUAAAUGAUAGACACACCUUCUAUCAGUGUGUCGCCGGAAUCACGUACACACAGAGAUGUCCUGCAAAUUUGGUUUACAAUUACAGAUGCGACUGUUGCGUAUACAAUUAAUGAUUCAGUCAAGCUUUGGUGAAUUUAAAUGCUGGAUGGACAGCAUCAAUACAAUGUCCUCUCUCGCUCUACAACUGUGUUCCUGCUGAAAACGUUUAACACCUUUAUUUACAAACCCAAAAGGAGAUUUGUUUUUUUCAUAUCUGCCAAGAUGUUUCAAGUGUACUGAAGUAAUUUGUAAUGUGUAGACAUGCAAACCUUUUAAUAAAUUUUCCUGUUUUUGCUCCCUCAAA